GGGAGAGGGAAGGCUGGUGGCUUAAGAUGGCGGAGGGAGACAGCGGGAGUGAGCGAGGUGGCGGGGGCGGCGGCGGAGGAGGAGGAGGCGGCCUCCUGCAGCAGCAACAGCAGCAGGAGACCCAGGAGCUGGCCUCCAAGCGGGUGGACAUCCAGAACAAGCGCUUCUACCUGGACGUGAAGCAGAACGCUAAGGGCCGCUUCAUCAAGAUCGCCGAGGUGGGCGCGGGAGGCAACAAGAGCCGGCUGACGCUGUCCAUGGCGGUGGCGGCCGAGUUCCGCGACUACCUCGGGGAUUUCAUCGAGCACUACGCGCAGCUCGGGCCCUCGGACACGGACUCGGGCGCCGGCCUGGGCUCGGACGAGCCACGCCGCGCUCUCAAGAGCGAGUUCCUGGUGCGGGAGAACCGCAAGUACUACAUGGACCUGAAGGAGAACCAGCGGGGCCGCUUCCUGCGCAUCCGCCAGACCUUAAAUCGAGGCCCCGGCUUGGGGGGGACUCAAGGCCAGACCAUUGCUCUGCCGGCCCAAGGCCUCAUCGAGUUCAGGGACGCGCUGGCUAAGCUGAUCGACGACUACGGCGUGGACGACGAACCGUGCGGCCAGGCCGAGCUGCCCGAGGGCACGUCCAUCACGGUGGACAGCAAGCGCUUCUUCUUCGACGUGGGUUCCAACAAGUACGGCGUGUUCAUGCGGGUGAGCGAGGUGAAGCCCUCGUACAGAAACUCCAUCACCAUCCCCUACAAAGCCUGGUCCAAGUUCGGCAGCGCCUUCAGUAAGUACGCCGAGGAGAUGAAGGAGAUCCAGGACAAACACCGGGACAAAAUGCUCUUCGAGAGGCGAGCUGACGAGUCCGAUGGGGAGGAUGUGGACGACGAUUGAAGCUUUUGAGUAAGAAGAAGAAGAAACAAAAAAACAUGAAAAUAAGAGCAAAUUGUGUUGAUUGAGAAGAAAGAAGUUUUUAAAAAUGUUUUAAAUUGGUGUUGUGACGAUUGCAAAGAAAGACGUUUAAAAAAAUCUUUAAAAAGAACAAAUUGGAUCGAUUGCGAAGAAGAUUUACAUAAUAAAACCUCGAGAAAAAGUUUUGAAUAGUAUUUUUUGGGAAACGCAGUUACAUAAGUGAAAAUGCAUCUUUUAAGGUGGAGGAAAAACUUGUAUUAAGUAUGCAAGCAUAUUCGUGAAAGGAACGAAACUGGGGCGAGUUCUCCGAGAUGCUGGAUGAACGAUUCAUUGCAAAAUACACACUGUUAUUUGUGGAAAAGCGUCGUAUCACUGAACCAUCAGCAAUUCAGAAAAAAAAAAGAUUUGUUGGCGUAACCAAAAGUUUUAAAGGAAGAGAAAGAAGCUACAAAGUAUGACCUCAGCCUGGAGAAAAAAUGAUUUAGAGAGCCACCAUCAAGUCACUGAAGCCAGCAACACUUCAAAGUUCUUUUCAUAUAUUAAAAAGUUCUUAUGGAAGUUUUUUUAAUUAUUUUAAAUACUGGACAAUCAAGAGUCAUUUUUAAAAUUUGUUUUCAUUCUGAAUAUUUCAAAUAUAUUUGAUAAAACUGU